AUGAUUGUCACUGAGACUAAUGUUAGUGGUUCUAGAGCAAAAGAUAUUAUAGAUAGCCUUUGCCUUGAUGGGGCAGUGCAUGCCAAUAAUAUUGGGUAUACAGGUGGUUUGUGGAUCCUUUGGGAUUCAACCCAAGUAAAUGUCUCUGUUCUUUCUUCAACUGAACAAGAGAUUCACGCGAUAGUGAAGGACCUCUCUUCUAACUCAUCUUGGCUUUUGUCCACGGUUUAUGCGAGCCCAAGAUAUGCUGAGAGGCGUCUGUUGUGGGAUAAUCUAUCCAGGGUAGCUGAGCUUCACACACUACCAUGGAUCAUAGCGGGGGAUUUCAACAAAAUACUUCUUGGAGAAGACAAACUUGGGGGGAGGCCUAUCAAUAUCUCCAAAGCAGUCAAUUUCCAAGAAUGUCUCAACAUCUGUGGUAUGAUUGAUUUGGGCUUCUCUGGUCCCCGUUAUACAUGGACUGAUCGGCAACCCUUGCCCCAUCUUGUGCAAGAGAGAAUAGAUAGGGUCUUUGGCAAUGUCGCUUGGAACGUUCUUUAUCUGGAAGCAUGUGUUAAAUACCUAGAGCGAUCCCAUUCAGACCACAGUCCUGUGCUCCUUUCUCUCCGAACUGAUUAUGGGAAUCAACACCCCCGUCCAUUUAGUUUCCAACCAAUGUGGCUCUCGCAUCCCACCUUCGCUGGCCUUGUUAGUGAAGUUUGA